AUGUACUAAGUAUUUCUCUUUUUCUUAGCUUAAGUUUAGUGUAUACUUUACUAAUUUAAUGCUACAAAUCAAUAUUUAUUAGUGUAGAAUGAAGUAGAGUAAUGGACAUAAAUGAAAAUACAAAUCUAUGAACAUAAUGUGAAAUAGAGUGAAGCAAUUGAUAAUUAUGAAAAAUAUUUGCAGAUUUAUUAGAAUUUGACAAUAGGAUAGUAUUAUGAACUAGAAAUAGUUAUAAUUCCAGAGGCAAACUUUAAAAUUCAAUAAAGAAAUUAAAAAGAUUGCCCUAAAUAAUGUUCUAAUAAUGGAGAUUGUAUAAAUGCUAACUGCAUGUGUUAUGAAUCAUUUUGUGGGUAAUGUAUUAAGUUAUUAAAAUUAUAGAUCACGAUGCUAAUUUGAAAUAAAAAGUUACUAUAAUAUUCAAUAAUAUAAUAUUGAAUUAGAUUAAUUUGAAACUUAGUAUUUUAAAUUACAGUAUCAAUAAUCAGAUUUGAUAAAUGAACAAGGGUAAUUAAUAUUUAUUAAGAUAGAGAUAGACAAAAAAAUUGAUUGUGUCAACAAAUAAUACAAUCGAUAUUCAAGUCUAUUUAGUUUUACCAUAUUAAAGUACAUUAACAAGUAUUCAAAAUGAAUACAUAUUAUACAAUAAGUCACUUAAUGAGAUUACUUCAAUAGACUUUUCGUCAUUUUAUUAACCAUUUAGUAGUUCUUCAAUUAUUUACACAUUUUUUUUUAUAUUUCAAAAUUACAAUACUUCUAAACAAAGAUAUUUAAUUACUUUUGAAUUGAAAAACUAAGAGAUAACAUUUUAAGAUUUUAUUUUAGUUACUAUUCUUAGUGUUGUAGCUUUUAUAAUAUUAUUAAUUGUAAUAUUUAUAGUCAGAAGAAGAUGUCAAUAUAUUUAAAUAAGUAGGCUAAAAUAUUCAGAUCAUCAAUAACCGAAAAUAGAUAUUGUUGGAUAAUUGCCAAUAAUAUCUCCUGCAAAAGAUUAAGAAUGUAUAAUUUGUUUAGAUUUAUUGGAAAAGUACUAAUGUAGAUUUACUUCUUGUAAACAUAUAUUUCAUGAUUAAUGUUUGAAUGAAUGGUUACAAAUAUAAUAAACUUGCCCAUUAUGUAGAGAAAAUUUGUUUGAAGAAGAAGCAAUAAAAACUAUGAAAAUUAGAAAUUUAAGUUCUUCAUCUUUAGUUGCUGGAUAAUUUUCUAUUAUAUAAAGUGAAAGACAACCAAUCUAAUAAAUGAUACUUUCAAGAUCAAUGAGUAAUAGAUUAGCUGCAUUUUAAUGA